AUGGCAUGUCUAACCACUCACUGCCUGUAUCGGUACCAGCAGGACAUACGAUGGGUUGGGCAAACGCUUUUCGUCAAGGGUUCUGCUGCAGCCGUCCUCUUCUCACUUCAACCAGUUCUCUUCCCACCAGUCUUUCCACCACCGUUACCUACCAAUUGCACUCUCCGUCUUUCACUACCAGACGAUCUUGAUCUGGGCACCUCGCCCUCCUCGUUGCCGGUCAAGAAGGCGGCGCAUGGACGAUCGAGGCAGAGGCAAUCGGGCGACGUGAUUGCAUUCAUUGAUAAUGCGGCCCCUGUGUCUCAAUACUAUACAGGACAUGGAACCUCGCCCCGUUGCCCGGCCCCUUGGCCCAAGUUCGCAGCCAAUCUCACGAGCGCGGCGUGUGAUUGGCCAUCCCUCGCCCACCCCGACGCACUAGUCCGUUUCCGCCAUGGAUAG